GGACUCUGGGCUGGUGCCGCACCUGUUACGAAGCCGCUCAGGUGGACCGAGUGUCCGGUGUGGAGGUGGGCAGCGGGCAAACGGCAAAGGCUAUCACACACCGCCGUCGCAGAGUAUUCACUGUGAAGAGGACGGGGGAAGACGUGAUGAAUGUUGCCAUCAAGCUGGGGCUUUAUGUGAACAGUUAGAAAUACCUUCUUUACUGCCAGAAAGGUGACGGUUUAUGAGCUUUUGGUGUUAAGAAGAUUGGGAACAAAUCAAUGGCACCCCUUCCCCUUGGCAUUCGCUUCAUAACUUCAUUUACACGAGAUCAGUGCUACAGAACGUUUACACUGAUUCUGACCUUCUUGCUGUACACGGCUUAUCAUCUCUCUCGGAAACCAAUCAGCAUUGUCAAGAGUGCCUUGCAUAUGAAUUGUUCAUUGGCGAAUGAAGUUGAACUGUACAGCUACAAAGAGCAUUUAAUUCAGGCUAAACUACUUAAAAAAGCCUUUUCCAAUGACACCUGGUGCAGCUGGGAGCCCUUUGAUAAAAGUAACUAUAAGCAGCUGCUGGGAGCCCUGGACUACUCUUUCCUGUGUGCGUAUGCUGUUGGAAUGUAUGUCAGUGGUAUAAUUGGAGAACGUUUAUCUAUUCGAUUGUACCUAACGUUUGGGAUGUUGAGCAGUGGUUUAUUCACUGCACUAUUUGGUCUCGGAUACUUCUACAACAUCCACAAUUUACAGUACUAUAUCCUUAUUCAGGUUGCUAAUGGUUUCGUGCAGACCACUGGCUGGCCUAGUGUUGUGACUUGUAUUGGAAACUGGUUUGGUAGAGGAAAGAGAGGCCUGAUCAUGGGCAUUUGGAAUUCUCACACCUCCGUGGGGAACAUCCUGGGCUCUUUGAUAGCUGGCUACUGGGUGUCCAGCUGUUGGGGAAUGUCCUUCGUGGUGCCAGGCAUCAUUGUUGCUCUGAUGGGAGUAGUUUGUUUCCUAUUCCUAAUUGAACAUCCACAAGAUGUUAAAUGCACUCUAUCCCGAGCCCGGAAACCAUCCAAAUGUUCAAAUGGAUGGGAUGGAUUUAAACAGAAGUACCAGUUUUACCGAAACAGUGGAAGCGAUUCAUUGGGCGAUCCAGAACAGGAAUGUUUUUUGAAGGACAGUGAUCAACAGAUUUCAACCAAGUCCAACGGUUUACUAACAAGCCAUGUUGUUGUUGUCAGCAAUGAGAGAGGACACACACCAGCAGCAAUCAACUUCUUUGCAGCCCUGAGAAUCCCAGGGGUGGUGGAAUUUGCCUUGUGUUUGCUCUUUGCCAAGCUGGUCAGUUAUACGUUCCUUUUCUGGCUGCCAAUGUAUCUUGCUAACAAAGAACACUUUGAAGCAAAAAAAGCUGGAGAUCUUUCAACCCUGUUUGAUGUAGGUGGAAUCAUAGGUGGAAUCCUUGCAGGUGUGAUAUCUGAUUAUACGAAAAAGAGGGCAACUACUUGUGGAGUGAUGUUGCUGCUGGCAGCGCCAACACUGUACACGUUUUCUGCAGUUGGCUACAUGAGUCUGAAAGCCAUUGUUGUUAUGCUGAUUGGCUGCGGGGCAUUAGUGAAUGGACCAUAUGCACUCAUCACAACCGCAGUAUCUGCGGAUUUGGGCACACACAAGAGUUUAAUGGGAAAUUCCAAAGCCCUCUCCACUGUGACUGCAAUCAUCGAUGGCACUGGCUCUGUUGGUGCUGCUUUAGGACCUCUGUUAGCUGGGCUCAUCUCUCCCACAGGGUGGAACAAUGUUUUUUAUAUGCUGAUGUUUGCAGAUGCCUUUGCUCUUGUGUUACUGAUGCGUCUUAUACUGAGGGAGCUUCAUUUUAAAGGGCCAAAGCCAGAUCAGACUGAGUUGAAGGAGCACUGACAAUCUCACCUCAACACCACGCUUCAGUUCUCAACCACUGGGUUUCUCUUAUCCACGUCCCACAGCACUAUGGAAGAAGCAUAUUUGCACAACACAGGAGACGGAGUGGAAAUGUGGAUCCUGUGCCUAGACUGCAGUCUGCAGCAUCCAUGGCUCAUUUUCCAAUCUCUGGACUGUCUACUCUUGAAAUUCAGUGCUUUUGAACCCAACUACCUGGACCAUAUCUUGCCUGAGCCUAAUACAGUGUGCCUUAGUUCAUGUUUUAUGGAGACAAUCGGUGCCUUUUUGAUUAUUUAGAAAGUGAUUUGCUUAUUUCUGAUACGAGUGGUGUUAAUGUGGCUGAAGUUUAGUAAAAACAUAUUUGUUUUGAGCACUUUGGUUUCUGAGGGAUUUAGUAGACAUCUCAAUUUUAAAAUCUCUGCUUGUUAAUAGCUUACAGAAUGACCAUCAGUAACCUAAUAAAGUAUACCAAGAGGCCAGCCCAGUGAGUUAAGGAGCUCAUGCUAUAGAGUAAGCUGACAAAAUGUAAUACAUCUUUACUUCACAGAAAAAGUUUAAAAACAUAGCAGGUGAAAAUAAUAGUGAUGACAUUUGUACCUCAUGUGUUUUUUUCCUACCAUUUUCCAAAUGAAAUCAUUAAUGUUUGUACGGGGUCUGUAACUUUGGAAAUCUCAACAUAUGAAAUGGAACAGUCUCUGAGUUACCCAUGCAUGACAAAAACAGAAAUUGCUGAAAAAUCUCAAUGGGUCUGGCAGCAUCUGCGGUGAAAAAUCAAAAUUAAUAUUUUGGAUUGAGUGAAGUUUCUGAAGAACGGUCACUGGACCCAAAAUAUCAAAUCCACUUUCUCGACACAGAUGCUGUCAGACCUGCUGAGUUUCUCCAGCAAUUUCUGUUUCUCUUCCUGGUUUCUGGCAACCGCAGUUCUAGUGUUUUCUUUUCUUCUGUUUACCCACCUUCCUGAAGCACUGAAUCUUCCUUCCAGCUUUAGAACCCCUCUCACCAAUGAACUUUUAGCCUUCUGUGCAUUUUGAUCUUGAGAUGUCCAGUGUAUAUCUGCUGUUAACAGGUUCGCUAUUGUAAUGGGAAUGGCAUUUCAUAUGGAGUAUGGAAGAAAUUCUGAGAGAGGUUGGAAGUUAGAAAUUAUUGACCUACUGAAAUGAAAGCUGCAGGGGAGAGGAUCAAAUAGCUAUCCAUAAUUAUUUGAGUGGACUUUAUAAUGUAAAUUAUAUUUGCUGUGUGAACAAGAGUUGUCACACAAGUUCAUAUCCUUUGACGAUCUCUAAGAUCACUGGAAUCAGAUCAGAACUCUGAAUGUUUUAUAACAUAUUUAAACAAUUCUCAGCUCAGUUGCUGUCUUGAAGGUGACUUUGUGCCUCACUUGUAAGCGUUUAGAAUUAUAUGUUAGUAAAUUUCCAUUAGCAAUUACCCAGCUUGGGAUGCUUAUUGAAUCUGAAAGAUGUGUCAGGUUCUGGUUGUGAGUAGAUACAUGCAUAGAUCAACAGGGAUGGAGGAUAUUAAUGUUUGAGAGAAAACUAACAUAAUGUAAGUCUGAUGAUAUUGCAGAAAAAAAGUUUGGAAAAAGUGCUACAAGAUAAACAUUGCAUUUCAGACGUAAGUUUCAAAAAGUAAAAGAAAUGAAAUUGAUUGAAGGAGGAAUAUUGAUUGCGACAAAGGGAGAACAUCCUUCUUUCCAGAAUUGUGAUGAGAUUAGGCCACAUUGGGUGGGUUACUCUCGGAUUCACUCUUACUCUUGUUGGAGACAUGAUGUGGAAGUGCAGUGUUAAACUGUGGUAGACUGAGGUGGACACUAUCAGAAGUCAUGACAUCAGAUAAUAGUUCAACAAAUUUAUUUCAAAUCACGAGCUUUUGGAGUGCAGCCCCUUUGUCAGGUGAUGUUCUGAAGGAGCAGCGGUCCGAAAACUUGUGAUUUCAGAUAAACCUGUUGGACUAUAACCUGGUGUCGUGUGACUUCUGACUUUCUCACAGGAGAUGUUGUUCUCCGAUUCACUGUCACUAAGCGAAUUAUUCUCAGAUUUGCUCUCGCUAUUAUUCCAUUGGACAUUGUACCAAUUAGGUUUUCUGGUUAUUGCUGCACUUAAAGCUGCAGGCAUACUGCUAUAUCACUGCACUGUAUUGACUGAGUUAUUCUAGCCGGUAUUGCCUUGGGGAAUUUAUUCAAAUAAACUGUACUGGAUGGAUUGUAUUGUAUGUAGAAAGCACUGGGUGGGCUUAUAUUCCAGUGCUGAUGGCACUGGGUGGGCUCAUGUCCACAAUAUAUGGCACUGGGUGGGUUAUAUUCCAGGGCAAAUGGCACUAGGUGGGUUAAUCUCCAUAGUAUGUGGCACUGAGUACAGUAUGUUCGAAGAGGAGCAGAGUACCAAGGUUGCGCCUUCAAUUUACCCAGGCACAUCAGAUGCUUUGAAGUGUGAUCGCAGGUACCUGUGCAACUUGAGCUGCUGUAUCUGGCAGGGAUGUGAUGGGCUGAAUGGUCACAUUCAGUGCUGGAGCAUGGAACAAGCCUGACAGAUAGCAGAGGAGGUUAGGCUGACAUAAGCAGGCGCAAGAUUGUAAUAGAGAGGGAAGAGUAAAUAUCAGUGAUGUCGGUUGCAAAGGCAGACUGAUAGGAGAACAUUAUACUCUGACUGCACUGAAGCACCAUUGUUGUGCACUUUGUUGACCUUGAGAUCUUUCCCUCUGGUAUUCAGUAUCUUGCAGAUUUGUCAAUCUGUACCCUACUGUCCCAGCCCCUUGUUUUUUGUAGUGUUUUGAACAUUGAUAAACUGUUUAUUAGUUGCAUUAAGGAGAUGAUAAAUCAUCAUAUUUAUUACCGAUUUAUGAGUUAUCAAGCUGAUUUAUAACAGAUCAGUCAUGAUCCUAUUGAAUGGUGGAGCAGGCUUGAGAGACCAAAUGGCCUACUCUUGUUCCUCUUCCUUAUGAGCUUCUAGCUAAUGCACUUUGGUAAAAAUGAAAUGUACUAUGUAUUGAAGGGUUUUGAAAUAAUUCAGACUUGAAGCUGUCUUUGGAUGAAUUAAGAUUUGAUUCCUGUUUCUUUUCAUUGGUGUAUUGUCUCAAGCGUUUCUGUUUAUUUUCUGGAAUCUGAAAUAAAAAAUGUC